GAGGAGUCUGAUCGGCUGGUCGUUCUCGACUUCACGGCCACGUGGUGCGGGCCGUGCCAGCGGAUCGCGCCUGCCUACGCCGAGAUGGCUGAUCACUAUUCGGAUCGUGCGCUGCUCGUGAAGGUUGACGUCGACGAGUUGCCAGAGCUGGCGGCCGAGCUUGGGGUGUCCUCGAUGCCGACUUUCCUCUUCUUCCGCGAUGGGGAGCAGGUCGACAUGAUGCGCGGGGCGGAUGAGCAGGGCCUUCGCUCGCUCAUC